GCGCUUUUGCUGCAGCUUUCAGUCACAGUUUGCAGGCAGUGCUGGAGUUGGCAAGUGUUGAGUGAGAUCUUAGUUGGCUGAUGUGGCUUUGAUUGUGUUGCACAGGACCAGCUGGAAGUGUAGGCUGAAGCUUUGGACCAAAACUGCAAGUGGAGGCAGGUGCAGAUUGCUGGGCAGAGGGUUGUAGGCACUUUAGUCUCAGUCUGUGACAUCAAGGCAUUGAAGGCAGCUUGUUGCUUGGUGGUGGUACAGGCAUAUAUUGGUAGGUGUGAGGACAGCUUUCCUUCAUACUCUAUUGGUCGGGUUGUAGUUAGAAGUUUGAGCUUUAACACAAAUCCUUCAGACCAUAGAACCACUGCAGGUUGUUGCUUGAGACCUUGGUUGGAGGAUUUGGAUGCAGUUAUCCCUUAUAAUCGGCAGGUGAAGGUUGUAGUUGAUGUUUGGUUUAUGGCAGAAGCUGUACAUGUUAUGCAGAGGUCAGGAUUGGAGGCUUGUCAGUGAGUGCAGUUGGAGGCAGCUGCAGGUUCUUGGUUAAGGCCUAAACUUGAGAGUCUGCUGAUGUGUGGCUGGACUCUAUUGGAGGCACUGGUACAGCUGUUGAGUGAUUCCUUUAACAAGGGCUGCAGGAAGAGACUAGGGCUGCAGCUUUUGAACUCCUGCUUCAACCAACGUCACUGCUUUUGAUUUCUUGCAGCAUCAGGUAGCAAAGGCAGAGGCUGAAAGCCUUUGCUAAUGUUGGAGAAGGUUCUUUGUUUUGCAGCUGUCAGGCACAGUUUUCAGGUAGGAUUACAAGCUGGUGGACGCUUGUGGAGACUGCAGGAGAUGGAUCAUAAGGGUCACUUUUAAAGCUUCAGUUGGAGAUAGUGGUAACUAGUAUAUCCCGGAGGCUGCAGUUGGAGGCAUGAGCUGAACUUGUAGGCCACAAACUGCAAGUGGUGGAGGCUGAGGCUGUGAGGUUUAGAGACUGGAGCUGAAGUUGAUUUUGGCGGGUUUUUUGGUCAUGCUUAGGCAUAGGCGGUGGUUCCUGACAGCACUGGAGGGAGCAGGUAUACACUCUGGGUGCAGGUGGGGGAAGCUAUUGUUCGCCUACAGAGGCUUAGGUUAGGUUGGUAUCUUUUUUCCAUAUUGUUGGAAGGAGAGGCUGCUGGUGUCUAGCUACUGGUGCACUGCAGGAUGUGGCUCAAGGUUGUUGGCAGAGAGGGAAAGUUGUGUCAAUGUGCUUGUAGAGGUUGCAGUUUGAGACAGUGGCUGCUGGUGUGUAGCAGGGACUGCAAUCAUAGGUGAUGGCUCCUGAUGUUAAGAAGAAGUUUGGGUUUGAGGCAUUGGCAUUCCAUAAACAGGGGGAGGCAUAUGGAUUUAAUUGGAGAUAUUUACCUUUGAGCAGGAGGAGGGGGCUGAUGGUGGAGGUUGCAGGUGGAAGCAGCCAUCUUCAUUUUUUGCAAGUAGAGGUAGAGGCAGAUGUUAUUAUUUAGAGGAUGGAGAUGGAGGUUGAGUCAGGAGUUUGGAGGAGGCUCAAGGUGCAGGAGGAUUGAGGUUGCUUGCAGAGAGGACUUUUUGUUUCUGGCAGUUCUGAAUGUUUUCCCCUUAUACUUAUGACUAAACUUAACUUAAACUAAACUAAAGUAACUUAAUCUAGUUUUAACUCAGAGUUAAAACAACAAUAUAGUGAAGAUUUUCAUGUCCUCACUCUCUUUCUAGGUGAAGUCUGUGGCUGUGGUUCAUAGGACUUGUCCACAUCGUACAGGGGUGGAUAAACUCUAGCCCUGUAGCUAAUGUUAACAUGGACAAGUCCGUUGUCGUCCACAGUUUCAGUGAACUGUGGACGAUCUGAUAGUUCCCACAGCUUCUGCUUGAUAAGACGUCCCAGUGCAAUUCUGUAGGGAUGCUGGUGGCCAUUCUUGUACCUGUAGACAGGAGAGGACAGUAGUUUAAUUCACAAUGUUUGGUCAAGUGUUAGCUAUUAUGGUCUGUUAUAGUGGUGGACUCUUUUUUUGGUUUGUUUUAUACAUACCGGAGCAUGUCAUCUACCACGGCGUGAUAGAGCUGCUGGUACUCUUACAUUGACCGAUGAUGUAUUAUCAGUGGGCCGUCAUCAAGCAGUGGAGCUGUGGAGGGCUGGAAAGGGUGAACCACAGGGGAGACUUCAGGCAGCUCAGAAGGUGGAAUUGUUGACUGAGUCCUCUGGACCAAAGGAGGAUCAGCAACUUGUGCGUGGGAGUGCUGAGGAGCAGGAUCUUGGGUCAGCCCUGUAGAAUCAGAAGUACGGACCACUGAUGUCCUCUUCCUCUUCUUGGACUGGCUGCCAGCAGGAGCUGAAUAAUGGUGUUGGGAAUCCUGCAAAAUAAAUUCAACAAACAAGAUUUCAGGCUCAAGUACAUUAGAAACAAUCUUUAACAAUCUCACCGGUUCAUUAUAUUUGGCAAUGUAGUUUGUGCCAAAUGGAUUAAAACUUUGAGUCCAUCAAUUUAAUUUUUAGAAACAUGUCAAGUCUUUACCAAGAUAAAAGAAGACAAGUUUCAAUAGACUGCGUUUUAAAAAAAUUAUACAAUUUUUAAAAAGUGUAGCACAAAGCUGCCGACAACAAGAUAUCAAAAAUCUGAGUUUUAGAAAAUUUAGGGGAAAAUACAAUUUUGUUAUUCUAAAUAAAAAACAAGGGGAUGCUGAGAAAAAAAAUCUAAUACUUAUGACUGUCAUUUAAGUGUUAAAAUAUUAACUCUUCACUCAACUCUUCUCUUCACUGCUGCUGAUAAAUCAUGGGCGUCUGCAAACUGGACAUGUGCUGUGCGCAAAAUACGCAGGUGGCGCAGUCCUAGUGUCUUUUUUCGAAGUUUUCAACACGACCAUUCAUUGUUUGUUUCGUUAUACCUGUUUCAAGUAUUUUCUCUGUAGCCUGUUGGCCAGGAGUUUCGUAAUUUCCUUAACAAAAAAUCCUUGAGCACAGACAAAGUCUUUGCUUGCUGUUUCUAAGCUGUGGUUCUUAGGUUUUUUAUUGGAUUGAUAUGGUGCUUUGAGGGUCGCUGAUAAAGCGCUAUAAGAAAUCUGAUCAACCGAGUAAAUUAAAAUGUCAGGCACGAGAAAAUAAUUAUUAAUUACUUCAUAGCUGCAAAUAGGUACUACAGAGAUAUAAAAUGUACUUAAAAUUUGGAGUAAACUGAGGUUACCGCCUAUGAAAAACAAAUACUUUACUUAAUUUGUCUACAUAACUAUAACUUAAAACUUAGAUGUAAUUAAGUAAAUGUUACUCAACAUCUUCACACUGCAUUCACAGCCCCUUUUUAACCUCACUGAACACUGACAUAACAGAAACUCUCUCAGGUAAAGUCUGCAAAGAUGUCCAAUAUUGGAAAACACGAGUAGUGGCCUGAUGAAGUCUGACAGAGAUCCACAAAACAUACAUGCACAACAUUAGCACUAGAUUGUACUACAGGCCGCAAAUUUAAUAACUUGGCAAUGGAUUCUCGUCUCUUUUCUGUAAAUCUACGUGAAAUGUAGCCUUUGAAUAUUUGUUUCCCUUCAAUUCAUUAUAAGUGCCUUCUAUAAGCAUAUCUGACAACCUUUCGCUUUCGGGGUCGACCCUCGCCGGCCACCGUACCCGAGUUGUAUAAAAAAGGACUGGUUGCAGCAAACUGUACUACAUAAGUAUUUCUUCCUGUUAUUUGUAUUUAUUUGGAUAUUUUUUGUUUGAUACCACAGUACGAGGUUUGCUUGUUUUGAACGUUUGCUGGUGAGCGAGCUGCUGUUUUUACGAUCAAAUAAUUAAGGUAAGAUUUUUCUAUACAGCUGGUUAGCAAUAGCCUAACAUCAGUAUUUGUUUGUGUAAAAGGAUAGCAAACAGAGUCUUGUAGGUAAAGCUGGAUCAUGCACAAAUUAGAGUUUUUAUUGUUUUACUUUCCUUCAAUCUAGACUCUGAAAGUCCAAAGGGCGAUGUUGUCAGUGAUUGUCCGGUCAGCUGUCACAAAGUGUAAGUGUGAAUGUCUUGUGUCUUCUUUAUGUUGAUAAUCGGGUAACAGCUGUUGAGUAUUAAAACUAGUGCUGUUCAUUAAACACACGUUAACCUGAUCUAUUGGCAUGCAAGAGCUAAGAGACAAAGUUUUAAUUUAUUAAGACUUGCUUUGACAAGCUAAGUAGGUGAAAGGUCAUCUGUGCAGCUUUGGUAUUUGCAUUACUUAAAACCGUGUUUUUGGCUUAAAUGCUGGACUUGAAUGUGUGUUUUGCCCCCCAAAAUGUAUAAAAAAUAUAUUAAAAUGAUCUUAUGCCUAUUUUUCUACAUCAACCUCUCAAAGCUCAUAAAUGACAACCUGAAAGCAACUUACACACAAAAUCCCAUCUAUAGGAGGGUAGUUUUGGUUCAAUAAUAACUUGGCAUUUAUCGACGUUUCUGCAAACAAACUGCAUGUUUGUCCACUACGUCUUUAUAGGCCAUUUGUAUCCACUGUUUACUUCGUAAGACUUACCAUCUGCUCCAUAGGGUCAUAUGUUUAUCACCUUUAAACCCUUGGUUUUUGUUUAAAUGUUGAUUCAUGUGCCAUAAAGGGAACCUGGCCAAUAAAGCAAAUGUUUCCCAGAAGAAAUCAGUAAAGUGCUGUUGAUAGUCUCUUUAUAAAUACUCAGUUUGCUGGUACAAUUGUGAUUAUUGACAUUGUUUUAUUUAUUUACUGACUGAAUAAUACAACAUGAGCCUAGCAGUUGCUGUGGACUAUCUUAUUGUACGGUUUGUAUCAUUCUGUCUCUUCUCUUUCUCAGACAGGGGGCUGUGGCUGCCUGGUCAGGCUGCAGUCAGGGCCAUGUCAUCUUCCAGCAGCUCCAGCUCGCCUUACACCUCUCUGGCUAUCAGCCAUCCAGCAGAAUCCAUCACACAUGUAGAGCUGAAUCGCCCUGAGAAGCUCAAUGCCAUGAACAAAGCUUUCUGGAGGCAAGAAACAGUUUAUUGUUUAUUCACUGACCCUGGUUCUCAGUAGAUGUGCUUGGUUAAGAGUCAAAGUUAUUUUUGGCUGACUUACUUUAUAUAAACUUUAAAGUUGAAGACCACCCAAUUUAUAGAAAACAGAUUAAAAGGUUGAAUUUGAUGCAACUCUACAUAAGGAAAUGUUUAAAAGUAAAACUAUCCCAAAUUAAGCUUUACUCCUUUUGUAAGGAGAAUAACUUAAACUCAAAUUGAAGACAGUUAAAUAGUUUGUCCAUUUGAGAUAGAAAUGUCUGUUGUUUUUAUUUUUACAGUGAGAUGGUGACAUGCUUCACUGAGAUAGCUGAAGACCCCAACUGCAGAGUGGUGGUGGUUUCUGGGGCUGGGAGGGUCUUCACAGCUGGUGGGUAUAAGACAGUGAACAGUUUUUUAAAUUGUACUUUUUGGACUGAAGUGUUUGUUUCUGUGUGUGUAAAUCUCCAGGUAUUGACCUGAUGGACAUGGCCAGUGAUGUCCUCCAACCAAGAGGCGAUGACAUGGCCAGAAUUUCUUGGAACUUGAGGAAAACCAUUGCCAAGUAUCAGGAAACAUUCUCCGUUAUAGAGAGGGUCUGAUCUGCAGAGUUUUUCUGUCCAACACAUAAAUAAUGUAUUCGUUACAGACAUCCAUAAUUUUUAAGCUGCAUCAGGAGUGUUUUUUUUUCACUGUGACUUAUUGUUUUCUGCCCUCAGUGUCCAAAGCCUGUUGUGGUAGCCAUCCAUGGAGCCUGUGUGGGAGGAGGUAGGGCAUCAUCACCAUCAUAUUGUUAUAAUAUAAACAUUAGUUAGCAUUAAAACCAUAACUAAAACCUUGGGGAACAGGAGCCCGCUUUGCUGUUUGAAAGUCGAUGCAGGUUUUUGUUAUAUUACUCUGAUUAUUAUUUCUCACCUGUUGCUUUAUCACUACCCUUUACAAUUACUCAGGAAACAUUUGCAAAGAUUUAACUGAUGGGAUUUUAACAAUAACGUUCACUGAUGAUGUUGUUGGCGUGUGUUGCAGGAGUUGACCUGAUCACAGCAUGUGAUAUCCGCCUGUGCACCCAGGACGCCUGGUUCCAGGUGAAGGUAUGUACAGAUCUAUUUUGUGAGAGCUAAAACUGUUACAUUUUAUUCUCUAUUUUGAUUCUUAGGCAUUAGGUUUAAGUAGUAGUCUUUUCCUUUUUCUACUUUCUAUUCAAACUUUGUCCCUCUGUCCCCAGUUUUGUUAGAUUUAGGUUUCAAUAUAUCAAAGUUGCUAAUGAGUCCUAAAAAUCUGACUCACUUCUGGAGUUGUCAGUGCAGUCUCUCAUCUUUGUUUCUGAUCACUAUUGCAGGAAGUUGAUAUCGGACUUGCAGCAGAUGUCGGAACACUUCAGAGACUUCCUAAAGUUAUUGGCAGCCGAAGGUAAAUACGCUGCAUUGUACUUUUGGAAGUUGAAAAGCUGGGACACUACAGGUGCCUCACUUAACACACAAAUAUAUAGAUUACCAAAAAUGUGUGAUACACUCUGUGUUGAAGUAAAAUGGUGAAAUAUCAUCCAGAUAUGCUUGUUUGGUCUGUAAUAGUCUUGCACAAUGAAGCACAAAGGUCUUGGAAGUCUGAUACUGGAUAGACUGACAAUCACAAAGUUCCCAAUGCCAAGAAUCUGGAUUAAAAACCAUUUCAAGAACAUCUGUGUCUCUAUAUAACAUUGCAUGUCUGUAAUCGUCUUGUAUCUUUGCUUUGUCUUCUCCAGCCUGGUGAACGAGCUCGCCCUGACUGCCAGGAAGAUGUACGCUGAUGAAGCAAAGAGCAGUGGGCUGGUCAGGUAUCUGCAGAAUCACACUCAUCAGCUGUUUUGUUCUAUAACAUGUUAUUACUCUCUAAUCCUAAUAACAGCCGGUUUUAUAAAUGUGUAGCUUUGAACAGUAUGUUAAACUCAGUGAAGCUGCUAAAAUCUUUGUUUCUGUAUUGACAAACUUAGCUACAUUAGGACUGAUCCCUCUUACAGGCACAUGGGUGCUUUGUUUUUGUGACUGCUUUAUAAGGUCAGUGUGAUAGUCGUGGUUAGGCAGAAUAACCACUGGGUGAACUUUCUGAGUGGGCAUUCCCUGAUUUUAACAUGUUGUAGAAAAGUAUGAGUUGUGCGAGGGCUUUACUUCUGACCAAAAUGAACAACACAUUAUUUGUAAUAUGCCCAAACUUCAAGGAGCUAUUUCGAUGUAUUUCAAAGCAAUUACUAACAUUUUGAUGUCUUCUUCACAUUUCCUUCAGCCGCGUGUUUCCAGAUAAGGAGACCAUGAUAGCUGGAGCUCUGGAGAUGGCUGGGGAGAUUGCUGGCCGGAGCCCCGUAGCUGUGCAGGGAACCAAAGUCAACCUCAUCUACUCAAGAGACCACAGUGUAGCAGAGGGACUGGAUUACAUGGUGAGAUCAUGUCCAUUAAUCCACCAUACGUUUUAAUCUAAUUAGCCUACAGUGCAUUGCAUCACUGUCCUCUUCAUCCUGCUUUAGGCUUCCUGGAACAUGAGCAUGCUUCAGACUCAAGAUGUGAUGCAGUCCGCUCAGGCGUCCAUGGAGAAGAAGAGUCCCAAGAGUGUGGCUUUCUCUAAACUCUAAAUCUCACUGGGACAAAAACCAGUUUAAUUCCAAUCUGCCAUUUUUUUUCUUGAGGCCUUUCUGUGUGAAGAAGAGAAAAUGUGAUUUUGUUUGCCAUUGUAACACCAAAACUAAAAAGCCAGUAAUCCUGAGGUACUUACUGAGACUUUAAGAUUGAGGCUUGUCAGAAUUGUUAGAGUUACUACAGUAAGACAGCUCUUAGGAUUUGUUUCCAAAGAUUUGAACUAUAUUAGGUUAAAAAAAAAAAAAACAUUUUGACAAGACACUGUUUUUUUUUUUUACAUCAUAAACAAAUAAUUGAUUCAGUUUUAUGAAAUCAAUCAUAAAACAGUUCAGGCCCAUAUCCUCUAACAGUUUACAUCUCUGUUGAGCUGUGAUGAAAAGGAAGACUGUAACAUGUCAAACAGUUCAUCUGCAGUAGCUGCAGAAACAGUUUGUGCAGCAUGAUCAUGCAUCGAGCCGAGUCCUGGCUAACUUAUCAGUCAGUAUGGACAGAAGUUGGAUUUUUAAUAGCUAGUUAUCUUAUUAUAAAAACAGGAAUAGUUUGUGAUUUAUAUCUGUACAUGACUACUUGAAUGUUGAACAUUGUUCAAUAAAACUAAUCUGAAAAUAACAAGUGAAGCUCAAGAUGAACUGUCUUUUAAGAAACCUUGCUGCUGAUGUGUUCUGAUUCAGUCUUAACGCAUCAGGGCAAAGGUAUUUUAGUAGAAGUUAGAGGCUUUAUUUACAAAAUAACUGAAGUUUCCAAAAGUGCAACAAGGACACAUUCAAAGUCAAUCCCUUCAGUCUGCUGUAAGGUUUUCUGUGGAGAGAGGGUGUAAUACUCUCGAAUCAGCACCUCAAGGUUUAUCUUCAGUUGCUUUUAUUGCAGAAGCUUUCUGUUCACACUGGAUUGCUCUCUGUUGCUUCACCUCCUCCAGCUGUUCAUACAGUCUGCAGCUGCAAAGAUUUCAGCACUUAUUACAUCAAAUUCGAUUCACAACAGUACAGAAUAAUUUUUAUUUUUAGUGGUGGGCAGGUGAAACCUUAAGAACUGAAGCUUUCCCAAUAAUUGUGCCGAAAAAGAUACCGUGACGGUGACAUCUUGUGGACAACUGAAGCCACAGCAACCUCUCAAGAACGUGACUGAAGCAGUGAGACUGUUUCAAUCCCAUGAUAUCAGCAUUAAACGUUCAGGAAAGACUGCGUGGUCAUUCAUGAGUUUUGGUCACUUAGACUACAUAAUGAUCACAUCGUUAUUACACUUACGUACAAAUAAUGUCUUUACUAAAAGGAAAAAUUAAGAUAUGCAGACACUCACCCAAUAUACAUCAUAUUUGGAUUUCCCUUUUAUCUACAGUAUUUCCACUUUAGGGAUCUAUAAAAUUCUUAUCUUAUCCUACUCUAAAACACAUUCCUGUUGAAACCAAAGACUAAACCUCAAUAAUAUGUCUUGUUAAAUUAAAAAAAAAAAAAAUUGUCAAAGGCUUGCAUCAAAUAUCCUAAAGGUUCAGAGCAGUAUGGAUAAUUUGAAGGCUUUUACAAUACAUUACACGGCCUUAAAUUGAACUUUUAUCACGAUAAACAAACACGUUCUGAUACUUUGAAAUUAUAUGAUACAGUAGUUAGCUGACUCUUGAUUAGGGUAGAUAAGUGUUUUGUUGUGGUUAUAUGUGAUUCUUGAUUGAAAUGAAGGUUUUUUGGAUCAACUCAUUCCUUUUAACAUCCUUUUUCACACAUCCAGUCGGAUGCUACGGUAUGUCAAGUUUCUUAUUCACUCAUAAACAAUUUCAAUGCAAUGUGCUUCAGUAUAUACCCCACUUUUUUAACGAUCAGUAGCCGACAUAUUAUUUGUAAUUUAAAUCUUUUUCUUUAGCGUAUUGUUGCCGAAUAUAAAUGCAGAACAAGGGUUUCUUUAUUGGGUAUUACCCUAUUGUUCGUAUGGGGAUAAAAAAAAAAACCAAGUUCUUGUGUUGUAUGGUAGCCUAUUGUAAUAUAGUCACCCCUUUAUCUUUUACAGCAUCUCUUUAUUUGAAGAUAGUUCAAAGUGUACGCCGUCUCCUUUCUCAUCUGUUUUUUUUUAUUCCUGGUCUGGCCAGGCCAAGACUGUUCAUGGGUCCUAAGGAAAACCUUUUAAAAGAUAAUAAUUAUAACAAUACAUUUUAUUUAUAAGCACCUUUCUAAACACUCAAGGUCACUUUAGAAUGUAAGAAUGGUAGCAUAAAACAACAAGAUAAGAGCAAUAGAGUUCAAAAAUUUAAUAUACACAAAUUAAAUGAAAAUAUGACAAGGUCAAUUAUAAGGAGUGGGCUAAUCUGAACAGGUGGGUUUUGAGUCUGGAUUUGAAAAAAAAUAAAUAAAUAAAAGGAGAGAGUCCAUUUUCCAGGUGUCAGGUGGGAGUGAGUUCCAGAGUUGGGGAGCAGAGCAGCUGAAAGCUCUGGUGCUGAGGUGGGCAGGAGGCACAGUGAGAAGGAAGGAAGAAGAGGAUCUGAGGAAGCAGAUCAGAGAGGUAAGGGGAGGCGAGGUUGUGGGUGGCCUUGAGUGUAUACAGGAAGAUUUUGAAUCGGAUUGUGAAUUUAAGGGGGAGCUAGUGGAGCUGCUGAAUAAUGUGAGUGAUGUAGCGGAAUAAGGGGGUUUUGAUGAUGACAAUGGUUUGUCAUUUGGGGACUUUUAAGGUUGAGGAGGAAUGUUUAUUCAGAGUAGCAGAAAAAGUUAUUUGAGUUCACAGUUUAGAAUUAGAAAUAUUUUUUUCACCACAUGGUUAUGACUCAUCAACUCCACUGCUUUGGAAAACAUCCUUUCACAGGGACAAAUGAUACUGGGAUGUGCAGGUAUUUGUGGGCGAGUUUCCACAGUGUAGGAUAGAAAGUCCGAUGUGCCACCCAGUACUUCAGGGGAUCCUCUGCUCUAGCAAGAUGUUGCCCUUCCGUAUAUCUGAGACAGACAGAAAGACAAUGAAUGACUGAAUACAACAACUGAUGUUUCAGCAGUGCUCAACACGCAUACCUCAAGAUCCUUAAUGGCAGGCAAGUGUCUCAGGAUGGAUGACAUGUUGUUGUAGGACAACUCUUGUGUGCAGAGCAAACACCACACCUACAGGUAAUUGUAAUUUUAAGACCCAUUUAAAUAUUCAAUUCAAAUCUUGAUUUAUUCUCACAAGGGAAAUUGAGGUUUCUCUCAUUUCCAAUGCCGCCCAGAUUACAGACAAAACAAGCAAACAUAGAUAAUAUUUGCAAAACAAUAGAAUCAAUUAAGACAUGGACAAUCUGAAAUGAUUUUUUUCUAAAUCAAAGUCCUAAACUCUGCAAGAGAGGGAAGAGCUUCAAUUUUAAAGUUUGUUGGAGGACAUGCCAAGGGUAUGGGACGUCAAAGGACAAUUUUGUUUUUCCAAGUUCACUAUAAACUCAAGGGAAUUAAAUGUUUAACAGGAGGAGUGGGUCGUCUAUGUAAGAGGAUCACACUCCAACAAGUUUGAUACAUAAAGUGGAAGUUUGCUGAUGAGGGCCUUGAAAUUAAACAAAGACCAAUGUUUCUUACGUCUAGUGAUAGACAGAGUCUCAGGGUUUAAAAAGUUGAGGCUGCUGCAUGUCUGUGAAUUACAUCACUGUAGUCACUUCUUCUACACGACAGAAGGAAACUGGAUUCAUUUCUGUAAAAAAGCUGACUUUCUGUUGCACCUUAGAUACAAGAGUAUUCACAUGGUACUUAAAUGUUAAGAUUUUAUCAAGCUAUAUGCCAAGAAAAUACAAUUCAAUAAUGGAACAUAUAAUGUAUGAUGAAUAAUGAUGCAUCUUAUCUAACUCGUGUGGCGUCAAACCACUCAAAUCUGUCAAACAUGUCAAGCUGUCAUUAACUCAGGACGCACUGAAGCAUGAGGAGAUUCGGUUAUGACGUUCAAAGCUUCAAACGCCAUCAGUCACUCCGCUUCAGGAAAAGUGACACAUGCGCCAAGGCCUCAGUAUCAUUUGCCCAUCACUACUAAGCGCUUCAGUCUGACUUCAGUCUUUGAGUUUUUGCCUUGUCCUGAUCUGUGAGCCUGAGGAGCUCUGAAGAAGUUCGUAGAUACAUUUACUUAUAGCACUAAGUGUGUAAAUCAGAGUAAACAAAGCAGCAAAACCUACAAAUGAAGUGCUUCUGACUGGGUCACAGAGGUGAUGCUUUUAAAAAUGUAGAGCCAGGUUGGCACCUCCACACAAACAUGCAGGAAGGUGUCAGAUUUGUUUGUUUGCUGCUGGUGUUGAGAAUUUUCCUGCCUGCUGAGAUUUUGCUUUGUUUCUUCCAGUCGCAGCCACUACACCGCUGAGUCUCCUCAUUCAAAAGGCGACAAAUACGGACGUUUUCUUUUGUCUUUCUCUCGUGUUAAAGUCUGAGGCAGACAUGCACAGAGGGGGUUGUCACUAGGCCCCUUUGUUUCCUACUUGAUGUUUUCUAGACCUGCAGACUGUUGACAACCUGCUUCACUGCACUGCAAGAUGACUGAUACCGAUAAAAAGACCACAACCAUGGUAAGAAAACCAGAAAACACUGACGGAUACGCACACCACCUCUGGAUAAUAGAGGAUGACAGGGAGAGUUGUACACUACUUACUCAACGUGCCUCUUAUUAUUAUGAACAGCAUAUUAAAUGUUGGUUAAUGUGUGCAGUAUUGGUUGCCUACCUGUGGUGUUGUGAUGCGCUGAAUGCUGCUGUCAUUAAACAGAGUCUAUGGAUGGUUAAGGACAGGCUAAAGCUUGGCUCUUCUCAACAUGGACACUCUGACCUGAUGGAGGAGAGGGAGAAGUAAAAGGAAAAAGCCGAUUUAAGUAACAGCAAAGCUCAGAGCCAAAUAUGUUACAUGUAAUCAGCGUUUAUACAGUAUGAAACAUCUGAGGAGGAUUUCACAGGUUCCUAAAGACUCACAAUAUUGAAGCAAUUUUGGUUUGUUUUGUUUUUUGAGAAAGAAAGAAGUUUGAAAGCCCAAUCUUCCACUCAGUCAGAAUCAGGAACUAAAACCUCACUCAAACACACUCAUGCCGUCACUCACCUGCGGAGGUGCUGAUGGAGUCAGAAUCAGGAGGCCUAUGUGCAGACUGACAAACAAACACAUAAACACAAAAUAAACACAGUUAAACAGCACAGCCCUGUGGAAACCCAAAAUUAACUCACACACACGUACUGCACAGUCAGGCAGUUGGACACACGCACACGUUUAUAUAUAUGUGAGCUCAGUUCAAGUGUAGAAACCAUCAUGAAAUGUGUUUGAAUAAAACACACUUCAGGUUCAGUAAAUUUACAUCAUAGCCCAGUAUACAAUAACACACACACACACACACACACACACACACACACUAAGACUUUGUCAUAUGUACACACUCCCUCCGCACAGACAAACAAACAAACAAACAAUAACAAAGAAGCUUCUCAAGCACAAUCACAGGCUGAGGCAGAGUUUACUCCAGCGCUCAGAUUUGGCUAUUUUUCAUCAUUGAUCCACCAUCAUGUGAACCUCAGAAGGAAUAAAAGACUGACAAAAAAUAUGGCAAUUUGCAGUGAAUUCAUGCCUGUGGUGCUUUGUCAAAUGAUCAUUGGGUGUGGAGACAAUGCUGUGGUUUUACUAAUGCAAGGAACAUCUUUGAUUUACAGCUGAGCAAAAGAUUUCAAUAUCUCAAGAAGAAAGGCAGACAAUUCACUGCAUACUGACAAAACUGAUGAAACUAUCCUGAAAAUCUCUGUGAUCUCAAAAGGAGAGAAACAUCCUGCUCUUAAGCAGCCCGAUUACCUCUGAAGGGGAUCUGUGGUUCAGAGCUGCAGGACCGGAGAAGUCAGCUCCUCUCCCAGGGUCAGAGCAAUGAAGAAAUCAUCCCCGGGCUGACUGAAUCUGGAUUUGAAAAAAAGCUAGUUUAAAAUGCUAUUUUUGCACAAACUUCACAUUUUACUCUGUCAGUGGUCUGUAUGGCCUUUUCUUACCAGACUCUGAGGGCUCAGGAGGCCUUUUUGUCUCUCCAGGCUGCAUGGCUGGUUCUCUUGGAGCUCGUCCUCGAGCCGGUGGGUCUUUGAGCAGUCUGCUGCUCUCUGCUGGACAAACAGGGGGCCUGCAGUCUUGAGCCCGACGUUCGGGGUGACCCUGAUUCCCCAUGUGGAUCCCUGCCCGCAUUAGAUUCACCUCUGGACCUGCGAACAGAAAGCAGCGACGACAAGGCAGUCCACGGUCAGCUGAGAACCCGCAAAAUCCACCAGCAGUUUUUUUAAAACGUCCAAACUUUUUAAUCGUUGACUCUUUAAAAAGACAGAUCUUCUCAGGGGUAAAAGUCUAAAUGUAAAGGUCUCAGAGAUGUUUGGUUAAGAGAGACCGGCCUUACAUCUCCACAGCACCUCCAUUCAGGGUUUGGACUGGUGACGCAUUUCCGCUUUUUAUUCAGUUUUUUUUUUUGGCGGCAAUGAUCCUGAAUCUUACGGUGCAUACCGCCACCUACUGCACUGGAGUAUAAGACACUUCCAUCCACGUGAACUUCACUAACAAACGUUUAUCAGAUAUGAACAAAUAACGGAAUAUAAAUAAAAAUUGAUGUUAUUGAAAAUUAAUGCAUUGAAAAUUGAAUUCAACAAAAUAUAACGUUCAUCACAGUAAUGCUGUGUCUGAUGUGAUGUUAAAGAUUUGGAUUUGUUAGAGUUUGUUCAUCAGUCAAAAGUGAAGGGAGAGUCGUGUUUACACCGUUUCAUUCAGACCAUGAGACAAAACUGUCAAAGGUUUGAGAUAGUUUAAAUAACAGCACUGUAUUUCCUUUUAUUGCAAAGCUCACAAUCAAGGUGGAUCACAGACUAGAGUCUAUUAUCAAGACAACCAUUUCUCAUCAUUCAAUUUAUCCCAAACCCCAACGCUAAUCUGGGGGUGCCAAACACACACUCAUGGUUCCAUGUCUCUAAAUCUCCAGAGUAAUAAAAUGUCAUGUCAGAAUCAGGUUUGACCUAUUCAGAAUAUCACAUAUGUGCAGAACACAUAUCCACAGAUUUGUCUGCAGUGCAAUCCGUCUCACAAAAAAGAUUCAAUUCUAUCAAAAAAGAAAUGGGGAUAUGAAAUCAAAUACAAACUUUGUCCUUUAAUGAGACACCUCUUAAGAGUCUUCUUGAGCCUUAAGGUCAAUUUUAGAUCUGUUUAUCACUCCUCAGAGACAGCCUAAGACAUGUUGUUCAACAGGAAAUUUGUUUUUUUUUUUUUUAAAUGAGGACAGACUCUGAUGCUCUCUGUUGGUUUUGUUUCCUUUUAUUCUCUCAGAAAUGAUUUCAGUGUUUCCGUGGGCUGUUUUUCUCUGGAUGCUGAAUAAUUGAUUCAGAUGUUUGCAGAGAUAAAUGAUGAUGACUCUGUGUCUCUGAUAUCAGGACUGUCAGGUUUCUGAAUCUAAACUCAGAAUUAGAGAAACAGCCUGAAUUAUUCACACUCUUUCACGCUCUCUGAUCAAAAACGUGCUCUCUCUGUGUGCACCAAUCAGCAGCAAGGAUAUCUCUCUGACUGAUCUGAUGGUUUCAGUUUAACAUGAAUUAUUAUGAAGGAGUUUCUGUAGCUAUUAUCAGACUACAUGAAGCUUUCAUCUCUCUUUUUAAGUGAUAAUUAGACUGAAAUGCUCUUUUAGAGCCCGGUCUUGAUCUCAGUAAUUUGAGGCAGCAGAAAUUCAGAUUUUGUCUCCUUAUGAGAGAGCAGAGCAGCUCUAUAUUGAGGCCUUUAAAUUCAAACAGGAUUAUUUCUCAGUGAGAGCGCCCUCUUACAUAAUGUGAUGUGCUUCAUGCUCACAUAAACCACAGCAUGCUGUCCCUGUAGACCUCACUGCUUUGGCUCUGUUUCUGUCCCGUCCCUCAGAGCUCUCAGAAGUGUGUCAGUGGUUGGUGUCUCUGGAGGCUGAGGGCUCUGUAGAGCUCAUUUUAACCAAAGCACAGCUCGGAUCUGAAGAGGCUUUUAUUCAGAGCACACGCAUUAUUCACACAAACACACACAGAUACACAUUUCACUCUGCUCAGUUAUUCUGCUCUGUUACAUCUGAGACUUUGUAGAGUCAUCAAUUUUAACAUUUAAAAUUACAUAUUGUAUUUUUAUCAUCUUACAUCACCAGCUAUGCAAUGCAAAACAAAUCAGUGUUAGCAGGUUUAUUGGCAGUUGAAUUCUCCAAAUCGUGAAGCUCAGUUUUGCCCCCCUCUGGCUAAAACUAUAACUUAUAUCUGUAAUGAAACCAUAUGCUUCUUUAUGCUCCUUACUUAAUUCUAAUCUGUUGUCUGCCAUUAUAUCAGUUAUUCAGAGUUUGGUAGAUGUAAGUUCUUUAAAAAUUCUCAGUAAGAUUACAAAUCUUUUUACAGUUCCUUCCAUUUCAAAAAUUCAAUCUGGAGCCUCCGCAGUGCCCCAUAGACAGGGCAGAGUUAUUGCCGAAAAAUAAAAAUAAAAAGAAAAACCUGAUCCUCAAAGAGUGAGGCAUGAAAAUAUGUUUUAAAAUUUGAUUUUAAAAGGUGAAUUUCAUCCAAACAGAGGAACAUAAAAAAGUCUUUUUUCAGCAACAGAUACAAAACUGAUCUGACUGAUGAAAAAACUGUGUAGUCACAAAGACACUCACA